AUGACAUAUAAUAGAAGGUUCAAGAUCUCGCCCGAUAACGAGCUCGGUAUCGGUGCAGGAAUCUCCCCCACGCUAAAGCGAAAGCGUCUGUAUGAGGACCCGUCGCAGAAACUUUGCAAGCCAUUCAAGAGCCCCAUACUGGUGUCUGCAGCUGUCUCCGCUGCAGGUAGGCAAAUCCGCACAGCCCGUGCCAAAGGUCCCCAAUCCUAUGCGGAACUGGGGCAGGAGAACAUUCCUUUUGGGUCAACCAAAGACGAAGACGAGCAGUAUGGGCUGAACAAGAAAAAAGGUGCUCUAUUGCCUCGCAAUUUCAAGGCCCCGAUUAAGUCGGGUGCUGACAACGAGUAUGAGCUGAUGAACGCUCAGCCCCCACCACCUCUGGGAAACAGAAAACGUUUAUACUUUCCCCCAAAACCGCUCCACGAUCCACUCGGAGAGUACGCCAUCGUUCUUUAUGAUCCUACGGUGGACGUGAUUCCCGGCAUGAAAGAGGAAGAAGAAGCUGCUUUGGCCGCGGCAAAGGCAGCAGCCGCUGCCGAAGAGCCGCAGAAACCGGCAAAGUCUGCACACAAGUCGCUGAACGAGAUUUUGGGGAUCAGUACCCGUCCAGAGGAGGAAGUCAUGAAACAGUUCCCGAACGUCCCCGUCGUCAUUGAUCCAAAGCUCGCCAAGAUUCUCAGGCCUCACCAGGUGGCAGGAGUCAAGUUUUUGUAUCGCUGCACAGCAGGGCUGGUGGAUGCUAGAGCCAAAGGUUGCAUCAUGGCUGACGAAAUGGGCCUUGGAAAAACGCUUCAAUGCCUAACACUUAUGUGGACACUUCUAAGACAAGGACCGCGAGGCAGAAAGACAAUUGAAAAAUGCGUUAUUGUUUGUCCAUCAUCGUUGGUGAAAAACUGGGCCAACGAAAUCGACAAAUGGCUUGGAAAGGGAACAUUGAACUCCCUCGCAAUGGAUGGCAAGGGAUCCAAAGGAGCCGGCGACAUGGCCGAGGUGCUCAGACAGUGGGCUCGUGCCAAAGGACGAUCCAUUGUCAGACCUGUCCUGAUUAUCAGUUACGAAACGUUACGCCGAAACGUAGAGAACUUGGAAGGAACUGAGAUUGGUCUUAUAUUGGCAGACGAAGGCCACAGACUCAAAAACGGAGACUCUUUGACGUUUACGGCCUUGAACUCUCUCAACUGCGAACGCCGUGUCAUUCUGUCUGGUACUCCUAUCCAAAACGAUUUGUCAGAAUACUUCUCGUUGCUGAACUUCUCGAAUCCAGGUGUUCUGGGCUCCCGUGCACAAUUCAGAAAGAAUUACGAGCUGGAUAUUCUUCGUGGCAGAGAUUCGCUUGCCACGGAAGAAGAACGGAAAAAAGGAGACGAAAAGCUUCAGGAACUAACUGAAUUGGUCUCACGUUUCAUAAUCAGAAGAACAAACGAUAUUUUGUCAAAAUACUUGCCAGUCAAAUACGAAUACGUUGUGUUUUGCAACCUUAGCGAGCUCCAAUCUAAGCUGUACCGUCAUUUUGUCACUUCUCCAGAAAUCAAUAAGCUCAUUAGAGGUUUGGGAUCCCAGCCUCUGAAAGCUAUUGGCCUUCUUCGGAAACUAUGCACACACCCUCGUCUGCUUGAUUUGCCAAACGACAUCUCAGGUUCCGAGAAUAUUAUACCGGAUGACUACGACUUUGGGAACGGAAGAAACAAAGACGUUCAAACAUGGUACAGCGGCAAAUUUGCCAUGCUAGAGCGGUUCCUCUUCAAAAUUCGCAAAGAAACAGAUGACAAAAUUGUGCUUAUUUCCAACUUCACACAAACAUUGGAUCUAAUAGAAAAACUUUGCAGACACCAUAGAUUUGGAACGGUGAGAUUAGACGGGUCGUUGGGAAUCAACAAACGUCAAAAAUUGGUGGACAGGUUCAACGAUCCAAACGCUGAUGAAUUUGUUUUCUUGCUAAGUUCCAAAGCGGGAGGGUGUGGUAUAAACCUUAUUGGUGCCAAUAGGCUGAUUUUAUUAGAUCCCGACUGGAAUCCUGCCAGCGACCAACAAGCUCUGGCAAGAGUUUGGAGAGACGGCCAGAAGAAAAAUUGCUUUAUUUAUCGAUUUAUUGCGACGGGUACUAUAGAGGAAAAGAUCUUCCAACGUCAAUCAGCUAAGAUGGAACUCUCGACAUGCGUUGUGGACUCCAACGAAGACGUGGAAAGACAGUUUUCCAGCGAAAAUUUGAAACAGUUGUUUUUGUACAAUGAUCAAACGCCCUGCGAAACGCAUGAUACUUACAAGUGCAAGCGCUGUCAAAGCGGCAAGCAAAAAGUGAAGUCAGCUGCGAUGUUGUAUGGAGAUGCCACCACAUGGAAUCAUAUCGAUCGUGAAGAUCUUGCAAAGAAUGAUGACUUUUUGAUGCAAAAUGAGUCUCAAUACGAUUCUGUCAGCUAUGCCUUCGAGUACAUUUCGCACUAAUGACCUUUGUUAAUCCAUGUUGUUGACCAAUAGCAUCUUUCAUCUGCUUGAUCGUCAAUCCACAACAGCCCGAUGGAAAGUAGGUCGUCCAGAUUUGAUUUGCAUCUUGCUGUUUUCCAGCGGAAAUUGUCGCGCAGGAUCGAAACCGUGACAUACCCAAUGUUGUCUGCAGCUGUCAGUAUUUGGCUUUGAUCAGCAUUAAACUCCUGGAGCACUGACUUAAUAUACAUCUUGGGUCCGAUUUUGACCAGUUCCAACUCAUUUCCCAGCACUUUCAGGCUCUCCACGGCAACAUGCACAUCAUGGUGGUCCAGUUUGAAUUGCCAGCCAUCCUGGAUAGUGCUAGUCAACAGCUGGAUCACCUCAUCCACAGAUAUUAUACCCCCAUACAGGUCUCUAGUUGCUUGACAUAUCUCAUAUAUUCUAAUGGCAAGUCUAUUAUUUCUUUCUUCAGGAUCAAGGUCGUCUUCGGCAGUCAUAUAGAGUGGAUCGACUCCAAAACUUUCACAGAUCUGGCUGAAUUGCGCUCGCAGAUGUGGGUUCUUCAUCAAUUCCUUCUUGUGCUCCUGUUUAAAGCUGACCAACGCAUUUUGGAACACCUGGAGCUGUGUUCUCAGUUGCUCCUCACGCUGCCUCAGCAUGGCCUGUCCCAGAUCUUGGAACUUAGUCUGCUGGUCUGCAUUGCGAUCAAACGACAGCAAUCCUUUCCGAUUCAUGGUAAAUAUAUCAU